AUGGAAAGUUGGCAAGGGGGACAAGAUAUUGCACAUAUUCAACAUCCGUGUUUCCACCGUCAAGUCCAAUUACGCAGUGCACUCUAUCUCCUGCCAAUGCCAGUCACCGCGUCACACAACCCAGACCCAAAUGAAGACCCUCAGACGGCUUUAUCGUACCAAAGCUCGUGUUCUGCUUGGUACACUGUGAAUAAGCUACUCAGCCAAGCUUACCCUUGCCAUACUUCCGAGCUAUUUUCCAAGAUUGAUAACAUUGGCCUCCUACUUAAGGCUAUUGAUAGAGGAUGGGAGAGUUUAUCUUCCGAAGAAAGAAUAAACCCGGGUUUAUGUAUCCUCCAACGCAUGGAUGAGUACAUUUGGUCACCAAUGCCCAAAAUAUUCAGGGUUGCCAUUGCAUACAAAAGCUAUCAGCUGAUGCGAUAUAUCUUUCAUCCGGGCCCAGAGGGUUGA